AUGGCGGCUCACGAGCUCCUCCUGACCUUGGCCAUCGUUGCCGUCGCGUUGCUAGCUUCCCCCGCGGCGGAAGCGUACCCGUGGGUAAUUUGCGGCCCGAGCACCUACACGGCCAAGAGCCAUUACCUGGCGAACAUCAACCGCAUCGGUGCCACCCUCUCCAAGAACGCCUCCCAGUCCCCGGACCUCUUCGCCACCGCCAAGGUCGGCGCCGCUCCGGACCAAGUAUGGGCUCUCGCGCUCUGCCGCGGCGACGCCAACGCCUCCUACUGCUUCGCCUGCCUCGACCAGGCCUUCCAGGACCUGCCGAACGCGUGCCCCUUCAGCAAGGAGGCCACCGUCUUCUACGACUCCUGCGUGCUCCACUACUCCAACAUCCAUUCCCACCCCACCGACGGCAGCACAUACAGCCAGAGCCGUCCGGUCCGCAACAUAUUCAACGCCACGGUCGAGCCGGCCCGGUUCCAGCGCCUUGUGGCGGCGCUCGUGAACGCCACCGUGAGCUACGCCGUGUACAACUCCACGCGGUUGUACGCGUCCGGGGAGGCCGGCUUCGACCGGGAGUUCCCCAAGGUGUACGCCUGGGCGCAGUGCACGCCGGACCUCACGCCGGCGCGCUGCCGGGACUGCCUCGUCCAGAACAUGGACUACUUGGCGGAUCUGUUCACGGACUCUAUCGGAGCCAGGGUUGUUGGGAUGAGGUGCAGCUACCGGUACGACACGGUGCCCUUCUUUGAUGGCCCGGUCAUGGUGCGGCUGGCCGGAACGUCCGCCAGUUCUCGAGCACCGGCCUCAGCGCCGGCCAGUUCCGGAGAACCGGCCUCAGCGCCGGCUGGGGUGCCCAAUGUUUUGACGCCUGUGACGGCCGCCGGAAAAGGGAGGAACUACAGUGUUCCUGCUUGGGUUCUUAUAGUUGUUCUUCCUACUAUAGCAGCAAUUAACCUUUUCGCUUGCUUGCUUCUCUGGAGGAGGAGGCGGGCGCUAGCACAAGCAAAGCAGCCAUAUCCAAAUUAUUCUACUGAAGCUGCGGAUAUCGACAGUGUAGACUCCAUGCUGAUUGACAUUUCAACAUUGCGUGCUGCAACGGGUGAUUUUGCGGAAAUCAACAAGCUCGGAGAAGGCGCAUUCGGUUCGGUGUACAAGGGUACUCUGCCCAACGGCGAAGAAAUAGCAGUGAAGAGACUGUCAAAGAGCUCAGCACAAGGAGUGGAGGAGCUGAAAAAUGAGCUCGCCUUGCUUGCUAAGCUGAAGCACAAAAACCUCGUUACGCUUGUUGGCGUCUGCCUGGAGCAGCAGGAACGGCUGCUCGUCUACGAGUUUGUCCCAGGCCGGAGCCUUGACAAGAUCAUAUUCGACACCGAGAGACGUGAGCAGCUUGACUGGGUACAUAGGUACAAGAUCAUAAACGGAAUCGCCCGAGGCAUGCAGUACCUCCAUGAAGAUUCCCAACUCAAAGUAGUGCAUCGUGAUCUCAAAGCCAGCAACAUCUUGCUUGACAAUGACAUGAACCCCAAGAUCUCAGACUUCGGCCUCGCCAGGCUCUUCGGACGAGACCAGACGCAGGCCGUCACGAACCGUGUCGUCGGAACAUAUGGGUACAUGGCGCCGGAGUACGCGACGCGAGGAAACUACUCAAUGAAAUCAGACGCGUUCAGCUUCGGGGUCAUGGUUCUCGAGAUCCUGACCGGGAGGAAGAACAACGACAUCUACAAUUCCCAGCAAUCGGAAAAUCUUUUAACUAUGAUGUGGGGGCAUUGGACGGCCGGGACAGUGUUGGGUAUGAUGGACCUGUCCAUGAGAACCAGCUUCUCGGAAAGCGAAGUGUUGAAAUGCAUCCACAUAGGGCUUCUAUGCGUUCAGGGUAAUCCGGCGGACCGGCCGGUGAUGUCGUCGGUGGUCAUGAUGCUCGGAAGUGAAAUCGUCUCACUCAGAGCUCCAUCCAAGCCGACGUUCUAUGGAAGGAGCAAUGUUGGUGCCAACUCGGGCAUCGCGUCCACGUCAAACAUUUUGGAUGGCCCUCGAGAUUCCAUUUAACAAAGGUCUUGUUUGAUACUAAAUAUUUCAUGAGGAAUUGGAAUAACCUCGACAGAGAUGGGUGAAAACACUUCACCCAAUCCCCUUAAAUCACCGUGAAAACUCCAAUCCACAACCCACUAGCACUAGGUAGGGUAGAGUAUUUGGUUAUUGAAAAAAUACAUUAAAUUUGGAAAAA